UCUCCUCCUCUCUCUCUCCCCCUCUCUUCCCCCCCACUGUCAAACACGUGCACACACACGCACACACACAUGUGUACCUGAGCUGUCGGAGGGGCUUUCGCCGCAACUUUUCUGAAGGUGCGCGCUUGUGGUUUUUGGGGGAGAGGCGGGUGCCUGGCGUUCCUCUUUCCUUCUCUUUCUCCUGGAAUGCUAAAACUGGGCUGAUGGACAUUUCCGAACUUUGCAUCCCUGAUCCUCUCAGCUAUCAUAACCAGCUGCUCAACAGGAUGGCCGUUGAAGAGCGGCACAUGCCCUCCAGCUGCGGCUCUUAUAUAAAGACAGAACCGUCCAGUCCAUCGUCUCUGGUCGAUACAGCCAGUCAUCCCAGUCCAGGAGCUCAUUCUGACGCCAGCGGAGGCUACGGCAGCACCAUUAACAGUCACUCGAACGGCCUGGACUCCCCGCCCAUGUUCACGGCGGGCGGAGGGCUGGGCGCGGCGGGGAGCGCCUGCCGAAAACGUUACGAGGACUGUUCCAGCACUCUGCUUGAUGACCCCGGGUCCAUUAAAUGCGAGUACAUGCUCAACUCAAUCCCUAAACGUCUGUGCCUGGUGUGUGGAGACAUCGCGUCGGGCUAUCACUAUGGUGUGGCCUCUUGUGAGGCCUGCAAGGCUUUCUUCAAAAGAACAAUACAAGGUAAUAUUGAAUACAGCUGUCCGGCCACCAACGAGUGUGAGAUCACCAAACGAAGACGCAAAUCCUGUCAAGCGUGUCGCUUCAUGAAGUGUCUUAAAGUGGGCAUGUUAAAGGAAGGUGUUCGUCUUGAUCGAGUACGAGGAGGCAGACAAAAAUACAAACGACGAAUGGAUGCAGAAAACUCAGCGUACCUGGGGCUCACAAUCCCACCACCAGCCAAAAAACCCUUGACGAAGAUCGUGUCCCAUCUGCUGGUGGCAGAACCGGAGAAGAUUUACGCCAUGCCGGACCCAACGAUGCCUGAGAGUGACAUUAAAGCCCUGACAACGCUCUGUGACCUGGCUGAUCGCGAGCUGGUGGUCAUCAUCGGAUGGGCCAAACACAUCCCAGGUUUCUCCAGUUUGUCUCUGGGAGAUCAGAUGAGUUUACUGCAGAGCGCUUGGAUGGAGAUCCUGAUCCUGAGCAUCGUCUUCCGCUCGAUGCCGUACGAGGAUGAGCUGGUGUACGCUGAGGAUUAUGUGAUGGAUGAGGAACACUCGCGUCUCACCGGUCUGCUGGAUCUUUACGUGUCAAUCCUGCAGCUUGUGCGGAAGUAUAAGAAACUGAAGGUGGAGAAAGAGGAGUUUGUCACGCUGAAGGCCAUCGCGCUCGCCAACUCAGACUCGAUGCACAUAGAGGACGUCGAGUCCGUUCAGAAGCUCCAGGACGCUCUUCAUGAAGCCCUGCAGGAUUACGAGAGCUGUCAACACGCAGAGGAUCCUCGACGCGCAGGAAAGCUUCUCAUGACGCUGCCUCUCCUGCGACAGACGGCCACCAAGGCCAUUCAGCACUUCUACAGCAUUAAGAUGCAGGGCAAAGUGCCCAUGCACAAACUCUUCCUGGAGAUGCUGGAGGCCAAGGUCUGAUUGGCCGGCCGCACUGUUGUCAGGUGACAUCAUCCAAGCAUCAGCGAAUGAGGUGUGGCAGAGACGUUCCGGCUGCGGAGGACAGAUCGGUCGGUCCUCUGACGGACACGCAAGGGUGAAGACUUUCCGCUCGUCUCGCUGAGAUGCGAGACGUUUUUAAAGACCUGAAAAUAAAUUGGUUCAAAGUAUAAUUAUAAAUGAAAAAAGAAUUUAAAUAUCUAUAACAAAAGCUAUGUUCUUGUACAGUAAUGCUUUUUUUGGUCCUGAUAUGUGAUUAUAUAUGAUGGAAGAAGUGGAUAGUCUCACUUAGAUGCUCAUUUUUGUUCCACUUUUUUAAAAAUUCAACCCUCUGUAGAACCUCACAUCAUAGUUAAACUCUUCAGACAUCACCAGGACUUGUAAAUAUUCACCAGGAUCGGUGAAACGCUGGCCGGACUGCAGGCAUUUGUCUCGUCCGGUUCUUCCCUGAAUGUGAACUUGUUGACGUGUUUGAAUAUACCUCUUCC